ACGAGUCUGUUGACAUUCGAUUGGAGCGGGAAUGUUUGUUUAUAAACUCACAAAGCUCAUCAAAGAGGGAUCACACGCCGCUGUUUGUUGUAUCGGCUUGCUGCACCGCAACGAUGGAUGCUCAUAACAGCUCCCCACCUACCCACUUAAUAUCUUUUCCGGAUAAAAUUGUAGCCUUCGAGCUAUCCAGCUAUGAAUGGUCCCAGAAUUUGCUGUGUGCAGCAAUGUCUGAUAAGCUGAUACUAGGAGUGAUUCGAUUUCCGGAGGAAAGCGAGAACGAAUGUUUCGAAUGGAAUGAACUCAAGGAAGUUCAUCACGAAAGCCGAUGCCACACGUUGGCCUUCGCGCCGGAAACAUCCCUGGCCGUUUUCCCCAAAGUGGUUAUCAUUUGUACAGCGGGAGCCGAUUUUGGACUGAGGCUUUUCAACAGCGAUUUGGAAGACGACAACACCGUACAAGUGCUCCAAGGACAUCGGAGUUACGUGAAUCAAAUUAGCUGGGAUCCCGAUGGGGAGUAUUUGGCUUCUUGUGGAGAUGACAACAUGUGUAUAAUGUGGAAGCGCAAGGAAGAGUAUACCAAAGGUCCCACGUUCUUUUUCGGCUCGGCAGUUGUGUCGGCUAGGUGGCACCCAGACGAACCGGGGAAAGUUCUGAUUGCGGAGAAAUCCGGUAUCGUACAUUUGUACAAUGUGGAUUCGAAGCUGGCAAUACUAUCGGUUGAAACCAAUAAGAAUCCGCUGAAUUAUGCCGAUUGGAGUCUGAAUAACUCAGCUUUCGUUGUGGCUCUCGCAGGAGGGGAACUCAUAUUUUGGGACCUUAAGAAGCCGAGUAGGCCAAUCGAGAACAAACGAAUUCAUGAGGAUUGCGGCCACAUCGUUAAGUUUUCGCCUCAUUCGGAAACCGUUGUCGCAAGCGUGGGAAGACCUAAGGCGUCUUUGAAGGUUAUUCACAUCAAGAAUCAAAUUCCGCAAGUGGAGGCGAGACUGUCGCUGUAUGGAGGACUUUGCUGGCAUUAUCAGUUACCGUAUGUGGUAGCUGGACAGGAUAGAAAGUUAUGUUUCUGGAAAAUUUCUGCGUAAAAUUGCUGUUGAAAUAAAAAUUCUCCGGAG